AGCGCAUGUGAACAGUUUAGUUAUUUUGACACAUUUUCCACGAUGGACAUUUAAUUUGAUGCAAUUAAUAGCCAUCACGAGAUGUUUUGAUUUCUUGAACUGUUAAUUUUUAUCCUAUUUUUGAAUGUUUUUUCAGAAUUUAUAGCCUAAACCAGAUAGUCUUUACCUGGAUCUUGGUGAUUAGCAUCUUGGAUCACAUGAAAUUUACAUAGAUUCUCAGAUCGUUAACCUACCAUUGUUUAUUGGAAUAAAGAUUACGCUCAUUAAGCACUUGUUUCAAGCAAGUUGUUUGUCAGGUUACCGCGUUUUCGUAGUUUUCAAUGGAUCAUAUGAGUCAUUGAGGUUACUCCAUCUUACGAUUUUUAAAGUAGACACAUUGACAAUUGUGUCUACAAAGAUUCGAUGCAGAUCUCACUGAGAUCAUCUCAGAUCUCUUUCAUUUUCUAUAAUCGAUCGAGUCGAUGUGAUAUUCAUAAAAAAGAUUAUGUAUUCAAUUCGACAUUUUGAUUCAAUCUGAUAGGAAAAUUGUGGUUUACUAGUUUUUCAAAAGCUUUAAACAGGAUUAUAAAAAAAGUUUCUUUUCGGUUGCUUGAAAGCUAACCCAAGUAUUGUAACUUCAACUUGUUUUUAUUGCUGGUCAUAAAAUUCUCUGCUAGUUGUUUGAUUGAUCACCUAUUCAUUCAAAUCCGAUCUUUCUGUUACUUCGUGGUGUUUUUAUUUCAAAAUGGCUGCUGGACCUUCAAGUGGACUUUCUAUAUCAACUGAGGAUGAAAUAGCUAUCACCAAAUUGGAAUACCUUAAAGAGUUGCGUGAUGUGACAUUCGACCUAAACAGCUUGAAAUCACGGCUAAAGCAAGAGAUUGAGACAAUGGAAAGCGAGAAAAAUUGUUUAUCUGUUUAUCGAAAGGAAAAAGAGUUUCUUGAACAAGAAAAAAUGGCUCAUGUUGAUGAAUUGCGAUUAAUUCAUUCGGAUCUUCAUCAGAUGGAAAGUGUUAUUAAAGAAAGUGAAGAGGAACACAACAAUCAUUUGAAUGCUGCUAAAUCUUUACUUCAAGAAUGGCAACAAUUGAAGGAACAUGCAAACAGAAUGAGAACUGAAUUAGGAUUGAAUCGUCUUUCAGAGUUAUCCGAUGAAGAGGAUAAAAUAAAACACGAACUGUUCAAAGGACAACAUGUUACCAAUCAUGUUCAUUCUAAUAAUGAAAGUAUCAAUACUAACCUAAUGAUGAAUAAAUCCAUGUUGUCAAUGUCUUCCAAUGCUCCUCACUCUUAUCUGAACCCUGUUCCACCAACAGCUGCAAGAACUUUCAAACAAAAUCUAACUGGCUCAAGGAUUAACCCGAUAUCAGGUCCAGCUUCACAUCAAUUCAGUGCAACACCAAGCAACUCUAUUUCUGAGAGACAGGGUCCACCUGCAUUCCGUCAACAACCUCCGCCAAUGAAAUCAUGUCUUUCAUGUCAACAGCAAAUCCAUCGCAAUGCACCAAUAUGUCCACUCUGUAAAGCAAAAAGUCGCUCUCGUAAUCCUAAAAAGCCAAAGCGUAAAAAUGAGUGAAAGAUUGAAUAGCCAUUGACUUUUUAUCAUAGACUUCUAUUGAAUUCAUCUUUGCUUGAUGAUUUCCUAACUUUGCUCUCAUUAAUCUCACUUGUAAUCAUCAUACUUGAACGGAAUUUUUUAAAUCAUUAAACACGACAAUUCCAAAAUUUAAAA